CUCAAGUAAAACAGUUGUAUUUCUUAUCUUUACUUCUCCUUAAGUAUAUAUAGUUAUACCACCUUUAUGACCUCGGCAGUCUGCACUACAUAAAACUGUGCGAGAUUAGUUGUAUUGUCUUGUACUGCUAAAAGUGAAUGUUGUAAAUAAAGAAGUAGAGAAGGCACAAGUAGAGUUUGGGAAUUAUAUUGUUGCAUUCGAAUUCCUCGUAGUUCCCAAAUAAGUCAGCACUUCUGCCAUAUAAUUAGAAGAUCUACAUGAAUUGACUUCCUACAUCUUAUAAGAUGAUCCUCUUCCAGGUUUUGUCUUAGAGAGCACGAGCAGGCACUUCGCUAACUGUGUCUGUGCAUGGAGGUAGAUAUAAUGGCGUGCCAAAACCUAAGCCAGAGUCAGCGUCAGAUAUCGCCGAUCUUUCUUAUCUUAUCAGCUGAUAGAAAGAAACUUGUAGUACUACAGACCUCCAAGCACUCACUGCGUUAGUAGAGUAAAUGUAACUAAGUACAUCUGUAUCUGAAUGCUUGAACCAUAAUCAUGGUUUUUUUCUUAGGUUUCGACUGCGUGAAAGAACGGACGUAGGGAGGCGUUUUAACAUACGGGAAGGGAGACGCUAUAAGAUACGGAUAGCAUCGAUCAUUGGCCGAACUACGCAGGACGCUCCUUACCAGGUAGAUACACUUCUUCACAAAUAGAACUAGCUACGCCUACGGAUGAUUGAAGUUGCUGCUGCAAAUUGAGUAUUGAUUAUGAUUAGUGGUCCCGUUUCCGAUUCCUGAUUAGCAUGUUCUUCAGAGUGAAUUUUUACUAUCACUCAUUCCCAUAAAAAAACUCCCACAGCAGGUGUUAAGUCAGCACUUCGAAGAAGACCGAGAAUUAAGCACGUCCGAAAGACCCAACGUCCGAAAUGACUUUUCUCUCGAAAUUUGCUUUAAGGCUUGGCCUACAACUAUGUGUAAAGAUAAUCAAUCGACGGAUCGUCAUCCUGCCUUGAAAGUUACAACUUGGCAUCCUUAUAGCCGUGGUAACGUGCACUAGUUAUAUUAGUUCCUUACGAGGAACUUGUGAUUAUAAAAGUCAAUUUUGUAAUUGUGAAUGUCUCUAAUUUCGCGAGUCGCGGCAGUGACUGGAGCUGUCCAGUCAGUCAGCCGUGAACAGAAGUCUCGAAACGAUGAAAAGGAGCAUGAAAUGGAUAACAGGCUCAUUGCGCAACGAAAGCAAGAACAAGAACGACAACGAGCGAAGCAGGCUCAACAGAUGCAGCAGCAGAAAGA